UCAACGCUCACGUUCGCUCGAGACGCACAAUCGUUGUGUUCGUUCUAUUUGACAAACCAGUUGCUGACGACUGCCAGAACGACCACCUGUCUUCAGAUUCCAGGUUUUCAGGAGAAUUCACCAUCAUGAAACAGGACAGCCCUGAUCAUAGAACCAUGAAGGUCAGCCGUAGUACACCGUCUGGAUACAGUUCACCUUACACGCGAUCAUCUGAAAUGGACCUGAUGUCAGUCCUGGGAGAAACAGGGAUAUUCCAACGCAUGAUGUUGGCCUAUGGUAUGCUGUCAAUGAUGCUGUUGGCCAUCAGUGACCUGUGGCCCCUGGUUGUGGCACCGCCCGUGGAUCACUGGUGCGCCCCUCCGGACGAUCGUGGUAACAUUUCCACAGAAGAAUGGAAGAAUACCAGCAUCCCAGUGCAGGAAGACGGGACAUACAGCAAGUGUGAAAUGUACCUGGAGCAGGACACACUCCUCCCAAAUCGCACGACAGUUCAUUGCACCAAGUGGCAAUACGACGAAUCAGAACACAACGGAACCAUCACGCAGGAGUGGGAUGUCGUUUGCGACUGGGAAUGGCUGCGUUCCGCUGCCAUCGCUAUCAUCAUGGCAGCUGCGCUUCUUGGAAUUGCCUUGUCCGGAUUCUUAUCAGACAGUAUCGGCAGAAAACCCGUUGUCUGCUUCAGUUCAGCAGCGACUGUCCUGUUCAGCGUCGGCACACUGAACAGCAAAUCGUUCGCUCUGUACAUCUCUCUUCGCUCGUGUGCAACUGCCAGUGUGAGCGCCAUUGUUCUCGCCGCCUACACAUUAGUGAUAGAGCUGAUCCCACCUGCAAGCCGAGGUCUCUACGGCGUCCUACUAUUUUCCGGGUAUGUGACGGGAGUCGGUGUCGUGAGUCUCGCCAAAGAACUGUACUGUUCCUGGAAGACCUUCGAGGUUUGGUUCUUAGUCCAAACAUGCUUUCUUCUCAGCAGCUUCGUUUUUGUCGAAGAGUCACCAAGGUGGCUGAUUUCGAGGUGGGAACUGCAGAGAGCCCAAGAAACUGUCCUGCUGAUAGCCAGGAUGAACGGGAGGAAUGCGGAAGAUGCACGCCAAGCAUGGCUCACCCAUAAGACUCUGCUCAAACAAGAGGAAAAGAAAAUAUGUGACAUGCUCGACGUUCCCUUCGCAAAGGUCCUCUUGCAAUACCAGCUGCUGCAUGGCAACGUUAUUCUCUGCUACGCCUGGUGUGCAACUUCAUUCACCUUCUAUGGGAUGAAUAUCUGGGCCAGGGAUCAAAAACAAUUCAACUGGGCGCUCAACCUGAUCACUAUACUUCCACCUCAGUACGUUUGCUACCUGGGUAUCGAACACUUCGGCCGAAGACCCACCCUCUGUUACUCUCUGCUGAUUACGUCAGUUGCAGUUGCUGUUUCCGGUUAUCUCUCCACUAAAUGCGAUGUGGAACCAUUACGCCUGUUCAAGUAUGUGCCUGACAUGUUACGCCUAUCCACAAUCGGCAUAUCUCAAAGCGUCGUUCUCCUCUACAUGGUCGAAACGAACCCGACUUUGGUUAGGACUAUUUCUGCCUGCAUCUGCUUUCUCUUCUGCAGGAUUGGGGGCAUACUGGCUGUCGUCAUCGAGUUUCUGGCUUUUAUCACUAGCAACGUGCUCCCUACAUCGUUGUAUGCGGUCACCUGCUUCAUUGCUGGCCUCGUGGUAUGUCUUCUACCAGAAACAAGGAUGGUCGGUCUGCCAGAAGCAGUUAAAAGGGACGACAUAUUUCGGAUCGAACCUCUUCGAGUUGUGCGACUCAGAAAGAGUUUACUGCAACCAGAAGAUGUGACACUCAGCCAAUCCAGGAGUCAGUCUUUCGUGGAGAGUUACCUUCAUGAGCGUUCUCUCAGGGACCCACGAUUCGUUACUUCAAAUACGAUGGAGAUGAGCUACGUGCGGGACACACAUUCCGCUCUCUAAUAUGGAUAUCGCAACACGUCUGUUCAUUCACUAGUAAAAUUGCAAUAUGUUAUCACGCAUUGAAAGGACGCAAUGAAACAAAUACCGAAGGCUC